AUGUCGAACCAAGGCGGCGGCGGUGCUCCCGCCCUCAGCCCCGAGCUGAACAAGGCGGAGGCCAGGCAGGCUAGCAAUCUUAGGGUGACCACCAAGGCGAUAGACGCCCUGCACGCCCGUGUUGCGAGGGCCAAGCGAGAGCUCGACAAGCACAAGAAACAGCUGGAAGCGGCGGGAGGAGGAGCGGGGGCAGCCUCAAGCGAGGGGUUGCGAGCGGGGGCUAAGUCUCCGACGAGAUCGGCGGCAAAACCUGCCACCGCCAAGUCUCCGACAAGGUCGCCGUCCAAGGGCAAGGGCGCGGCUUGCAAGUCUCCGCCGAGAUCGAUGAAGGCGGCGGCGACGGCGACAAGGGGGGGGGGUACAGGCGGAAAACAAGGAGGGGCCCAGGCGAUGGAUUUAGAGGACGCUGGACGCAGUGGGGUCGGAGCACAAAAACUUCCACGCAACGAUCUCAAAGCUGGCCAAGGCGGCAGAGAAGGGGAGCCUUCCGUGCGGCGGCGAAGUUUUCGGAGUUGGCAUCGACCGCGCUAACCGGUUGGCCAAUGAAAAGACGUCAGUGUCAGCGG